AUGGAGAGGAGCACGCCGGUGAGGAAGCCCCACACGUCCACCGCGGAUCUGCUCACCUGGUCCGAGACUCCUCCUACUGACUCUCCUCUGCCCUCCUCCGCCUCUCGCUCUGCUACUCGCUCUCACCAGCCGUCGGAUGGGAUCAGAAAGGUGGUGUUUGGAGGUCAGGUGACGGACGAGGAGGUCGAGAGCUUGAACAAACGCAAACCUUGUUCAGGGUAUAAGAUGAAGGAGAUGACUGGGAGUGGCAUUUUUGCUCCAAAGGCAGAAAAUGAUGCCUCAGAAUCUGAUGGUGCCAACCUUACCCCAAAACCCGCAAUUCGUAUGUACCAGCAAGCGGUUGCUGGAAUCAGUCAUAUCUCAUUUGGUGAUGAAGAGGGUGUUUCUCCCAAAAAGCCUACAACCAUUCCCGAAGUUGCAAAGCAGCGUGAGCUAAGUGGGACCUUGGAAAGUGAAGCAGAGAAAGAGGCAAGGCUGAAGAAGCAGCUCUCUGACUCUAAAUUCAAGGAGCUUAGUGGGCAUGACAUAUUUGCACCCCCUCCUGAAAUUUUGCCCAGGACAACUACUGCUCCACGUGCAUUGGCCUUGAAAGGAAGCAUAGAGAUAGGAGAACCUGCUUCCCCCAAUGGUCACACAUCUGUUAAGGUUUCUAAUCCUGGUGGGGGUCAGAGCAAUAUAGCAUCCAGUGAGGAACCUGCGUCCAAGACAGCUAAGAAGAUUUAUGAGAAGAAAUUUUCUGAGCUCUCAGGAAAUGAUAUAUUCAAGGGUGAUGUUCCUCCGUCGUCAGCUGAAAAACCACUGAGUAAUGCAAAACUACGAGAGAUGAGUGGCAGCAACAUCUUUGCUGAUGGGAAGGCAGAGGCUCGAGACUACUUAGGUGGUGUACGCAAACCCCCAGGUGGAGAGAGUAGCAUUGCCUUGGUUUAA